AUGGGAAACAGACAGGAGCGAAAACUUUUUGUUGGAAUGUUAGGCAAGCAACAAAACGAAGAAGAUAUACGCGAUCUUUUCCAAGGUUUUGGUUCUAUCGAAGAAUGCACUAUACUUCGAGGGCCUGAUGGACAUAGCAAGGGAUGCGCGUUUGUCAAGUUCUCGACGCACAAUGAAGCCAUGAACGCAAUAGCUGCUCUUCAUGGAUCUCAAACCAUGCCGGGGGCAUCGUCAACUAUAGUCGUGAAAUUCGCUGAUACUGAACGCGAGAGACAGAUGCGACGUAUGGCUCAAGUUGGACAGCUGGCUAACAUCGGGCAACUGUGUCCUUCUCUUGUGGGUCCAUUCGCGAAGAGUCUUCUGCAACAGUUCAACCAGUCCUACGGUUCAUUCACCAUCGGGACAACCACGACCCCGUCGCAACUCGCCAAUGCAGCAAACUCCCAGGCGGCAUUGAUGUCGUCUUAUUUACCUCCAAUCUCAACUCAAGUCGCAGUAGCGAUCCCAUCGGCUCUUCCAAGUCCUGCCCUGACUCCUACAUCGGCGUGUGGAUCGCCUGCUGCCGGGACCCUGCCAUCACCGUCGGGCAACCCACUAUCUCCUACGCUGGGUUGCCAACCGACGAAUCAACAAUCAUCCCAUCAUCAUCAUCACCAUCCCCACCAUCAACAACACCAUCCCCAUCAUCAUCAAUUAGACGACUUGUACUCGCCGUCGACCCAACAACAGCACGGUUUCCUUUCGAAUUCGUCAUCAGCCGCCGUUUCUCCAUCGGACACGCUCUCACAAAUUUCGCCCGCGUACAGCGCCCACGUGCCUACAGGUUAUCCCGGACUGUUGGUACCCUCGAUCGGCUAUCCCUAUCCCACGGCUCCGUCUCUUUCACAAUUGGUUGGAGUUUCGCAGAACAGCUUCAUGAAUCCUACCACGAACUCCAUGGCUGGUGUCAACGGUGGCGGAGUCCAUAACGGCGGCGGGAACGGCAAUGUGGCCACAGGCGGCGUUUGUGGUCUCAGCCAAAUUCAGACUCAGCGAGAGGGACCUGAAGGUUGUAAUCUAUUUAUUUACCACUUGCCGCAGGAAUUCGGUGACGCUGAGCUGACCCACAUGUUCCUACCGUUUGGGAAUGUUAUAUCGGCCAAGGUGUUCAUCGAUCGGGCCACGAAUCAGAGCAAAUGUUUUGGCUUCGUGUCUUUCGACAACCAAAAUUCGGCACAGAGUGCAAUCCAAGCGAUGAAUGGCUUCCAAAUCGGCAUGAAACGACUCAAAGUACAACUCAAGAGACCAAAGGACGCCAGUAGACCUUACUGA